AUGGAAGAGUUAGGACAAUCGAAGAAUCGCAAACGAAGUCUCGUUACACGAAGGAAUUCGACGUCCGUGCUUCCAUCCACAAUUUGUUAUAGGGACGUUGUGCUUGCGGCGGCAUUUAUAGCAAAUGUAGGACUUACCGCUCAUGCCCAGACGAACCCUCCCGCAUCGACUGCUUCUACCCAGCAAGUUACUUCAGCAUUCACAACUCUUCCAGAGCGUUGCAUCGUUCCUGCUUCUACAUUUCACGGUGUCAACCCUUGGCUCCUGCGCGCAGUGCUCCAAGUAGAGUCAGGCCUCAAACCAGAUGCUAUUGGCAAGAACAGCAACGGCACCAUCGACAUUGGUAUUGGCCAGAUGAACUCCAUGCACCUACCGGAGCUUAAAAAGUACGGUAUUGAAGCGGCGCAUCUUACGGACGCGUGUGUGGCCACCUAUGUAGCGGCCUGGCAUCUCAAGAAGCUGGUGACGCAAUACGGAAAUACUUGGGAAGCAGUAGCGCGAUAUCACAGCGCAACGCCAGUGCUCAAUCAGAGGUACCAAAUCCUGCUGCGUAACCAGUUGAUCAAAUCAGCUGUGCUGCCGGGUGUUCCAGCACCAGUACCACCAAUAAAUCAAAACGCUUCCCCAACCACACGCCAAUCAGAAGAUUCACAGAAUGCAGCUCGAUUUUCUUCAAUGAGUGUUUUUGAGGCACCACAAUAG